AUGGUUGCCAAGUCGGUCGACUCACAGCCGAAGCAGCUCCGACACAAGCCAUUCCACGCGCAGCUCGUGGCCCAGUCCCAGCCGUACUCAAAGUCGCACAUGAAGCGCGAGAAGCGCAAGGCGAAGCAGCAGCUUGCUGGAGGAAUGGGCUCUGUGGCUGCCGCCCUCGUGGACUUGGCUCCUGAGCUCGCGCCUGAGCCGGAGGUGGAGACGAAGACGCCAAAGGAGAAGCAGCAGGCGGCCGACGACGCCAAGCGACGAAAGGAGGAAGACGGCAAGAUUGGGCAGGGCAGCAAGAGGACGAUGCGCGAGAAGCAGAGGCGGAAACAGAUCUCCGCCGCGGCCGUCCGCAUCCCCGCCGUGAUGCAGCACCCCUCCUUCCGCGCGAACCCCUGGGCGACGAUCCGCGAGCACGCGGGCAACACGCUCGCGGCCGCCGAGAGCGUGAAGGACAUGGAGGAGCGGGCAAGGCAGAAGCGCACGCCCAAGGCGAACAUUACGGUUGGCGGCGUCAAGAGCGCGGGUGGCAUGGAGGGAAUUGAGUAG